GCAAUUGGCAACAACAUCCACUCAUGACUGUGAUGGAGAUACUGAGUUGAAAUUAGUUUUUGCUUUUUUUGUACACACUGUUUCUGUCAUGUACUAAUAUGCAUCGAAAACCCUAGGGACUAACUGGUGUUUUAUCAUCCUUUCUGUCCAAUUUUACACACUUUUGACAAAUUGCUGAUGUUGGCAUGUUCUUUUUUUUUCUGUCAGAUUCUGAAAAGUAUUGUUUUUGCACCAGUAAACCAGAUUUGGCGAUUAACAAUAUUUCUUAUGAAAUUGAUCAUUUCAUUUUUUUCUUUUCCCUUACAGACAGUGAAUUGAGACAAUGACAAAUCAGGCUAUUCUCGGAGUUAUCCUUGGACCCGACAACAGUCAGAGGGUUGUGAUUUCUGCUGGCCUGCCUUCAUCUGUGGCUGCAUUGGAGGCUGAGAUAAAGACUCAAUGUAAAAUAGUGACGCCCUUUCGACUGCAGUUUAUGGACCCGCUUUUUGGAAACGACUUUGUGAACUUGACUUCAAUAGAGGAACUACAAGACAAAGCGACACUCAAAGUUGUGUACACAGUCAGCCAACCUCAGGAUCAAGCUGACAGUUUUUCCUUUCCAUCAACCAGUGCUGCUGAUGACGCCUCAUCUAGUUCUGGUGACAGCACUGUGAUUCUUGCAUCUCCAGAGUAUACCUCUUCACGGUCAUCAUGGCCAGAUUUGUUCCCGGUUCCUCGUUUUAAAUUUGAUGCAGAAAUUAAGUUGGAGAAGGCCUAUGUAGCUUUCAAAGAAAAUGGGAUGCUGCUGAUUCCUGAUCCAAAGCUGAAGUCUGACAUUUUGGAAGGGUUGAUCCAGGAGGUAGUCAAACACACAGUAUAUCUGACAGACAGUAAAUUUGACCAAGUUGCAGAGGCACUCAUCCUGAGGCAUCCAUGUUUAAAAGAAAAGGGCUCACCCAGUGGAUAUGCUGGAUGGAAGAUGAGCCUCAAAUACAAAUUGUCAAACUAUCGCACACAUCUCAGGAAAGUAGGAUGUCCUGAGGUAUGUGCGAAUGCUUUAAAAUAUAAACCAGCUGAGAAAUGUUCUCCUGCUUAUGAUGUUAAGAGACCAAAGAGGGGUGAAGUGGAUUACUGUCCCCCUUUUCCACUUGGAGUAAGUGAACAGUCCCUUGAGAAAAUAAGGAUCGAACUUCUGUCGGAUGUCAAGAAGCGCAACAACAGAGAUACAAUCAAGGGAAAAAUGAACAUAACUUUUUCAUUAAGAAGACAAGAAGUAAUAUAUGAUGCUCCUAUGAUCAGCGAACUACAACAGAGAUGGCCAGCUCUUUUUGAUGCAGCAGAGAUAAACGCAGAGUUCAAGCGCAUCACAACUAUGCCUCUACAGUCAAGGUUUCUGUCGCAGCUUGACUUGUUGUCUGAAGGUCUGCUGGGAGUGUUUGCAAAGCGAUCAGGGAAGCAGGGCAAAAUGUUGAAAGACAUCACCGACAUGAUGAUGAUGGAUGACGUGGAUGCUAGAAGGGAGUCCCUCAUUAAAGGACUCUGCAUCUAUUUGAAUGAGAAUCCUGACAUCUUGGUGCAUGAGUACAUGGACAUGACUGACGCCGCCACUCUAAGUGCCAUUGCGGGAACAACAGUGGGAGUCUAUGUUACCAGGGGGACACCAGGCAAGGACUUUCCUGAUGUUGGCAUCAUCAUCGAGGGUGUGGUGAUACUUCAGGACCUGGAUAAUGUGGCCCUUGCAACAGCCAUGCUGUUUGGACUUUUUUACUGCUUCAACAUGAGUUACCCGGCACAGCUCCGCUACACUUUUGAGGUGAUUCAAAAGGUGGUCAUGGGAUUGGAUCCGACUGAACUCUCGAGAAAAGCCCAAAACUUAAAGACAAAACUUCAAUAAGGAGAGAUCAUUGUUGUGCUGGUCACAUGUUUAACUACAGGUCAGAGGACAUUUAUAGUUCACAUACGCCCUCUUGCAUUUUGGACAUCGAGUUUCUAGGUGAAUGAUCAGCAACCCAAAAAGGAUCACAUUUUUCAUUGUAGGCUACUGUUUAUUCUGUGGGAUGGUUAUAACUUUCUACCUGCCAUGGAAACGUAGUGCCAUAUUUCUUUCUGUUUGAUUGGCAUUGAUCUUCAAUUUUUGUUUUCCUAAGUGAGAAAGUAUUAUUGUUCACAAUCUGAGAACCCUAUAGUUUGAAUAAAAGUUGUAAUACUUCUAAGGCUGUUUUGAAUGAAGAUGUCACAAUAUCAGUGUUAAUAUUUUGGACACUCGCUGUAUUUUUGUCAGUAUUUUUGUGUUGUGGCUUUGGAAUAAAAGCUUUGACA